AUGUCUACACCAUUAGAGCAGCAGCAGCCACCACCCGUAGGAGUAAGCCAACAAGCCUACACGGCCCAUACGGGUCACGGGUCGGUUGGACCCGUCAUAGCUGUUCUAGCAGUGAUCACAAUACUUGGAGUCAUAGCCGGCAUGAUUGGGAGGCUAUGUUCAGGGCGUCCUAUCAUGGGCCAUGGUCAGUACGAUUUUGAAGGUUGGGUUGAGAGGAAAUGCUCUUCUUGCCUUGACGGUCGGGUCAACCCUCCUCCUCCCCGGCCCACGGAGGAGGUGCCAGUUGCGGUGCCUGCAGAGGAUACCCAACAAGAGAUCAAAGAAGAAGACCUUGAACAAGCUCCAGUUCAAGGACAAAAGCAACAUGGAAGUAGCAGUGAAUCUUGA